UGGUCUGGUACCCAUUGAUUUAUUUUCAGUCCACUUGUUUUUCAAUAUAAACAAAAUGGCGUUCACGGAGUUACUGUACACACUUCCUUGUGUUAUACUUUUCCAUCUGUUACAAAGUAGUGAAGGAGCAUACAGGUCAUAUCGUUACUACAGAUACAGUUAUUAUUACUAUUAUUCCUACGACUAUGUCUAUUUAUCAGGCGGAGCAAUUGCUGGUAUCGUCAGUGGUAUCAUCUUUUUCAUCGUCUUUAUCGUCAUAAUGGUGGUUUGCUGCUGUCGUGCAGCACAACAGAGAAGACAAAUGCCGGGUGUUGUCUACAGCAAUGGAAUGAACCAGCAAACGGUGAUAUCAACAGCAAACACUGCCCCCGGAUUGUACCCCACUCAGCCCUACCCUGCUGCUGGUCAAUAUAACAUGGGAAUGCAGUACGGGGCACCGGGUCAGCAGUAUGGGGCACCAGUUCAGCAGUACGGGGCACCAGGCCAGCAGUACGGAGUCCCUGGUCAACAGAUUGUUUACCCUCCUACUGGACAACAAUAUACAGAACCUGCACCAUCAUACGAAUCAGUUACGGAACAGAAAACUCCGCCUAAUCCAACUUAAGAAUGCUGUUACAUGUACCAGAACCCAGACAUGGUUCAGAAUAUAUUUUCCCCUGCCACUAAUGAUGGACAAUACAGAAUUUUUAUUAUUUUUUAAAAACUUGUAAAACUUUAGUAUUCCCGGUUAUUUUUCAUGUUUUGUAAAACUAUUUUUAACUCAAACAAGGUUGAAUUACUGCUGAUUUUUAUUUUAAUUUGUUUUCACAAAUAUCAGAGAAAAAGGAUACAAAUUUCAUGGCAAAAAUAUAUACAAAAACUUCACACGAUAUGUAAGCCAAAAUAUUUCAGGAGUACACAGUUUCACUUACUUCAAUAAUAUUUAUUAAUUGCAGUUUAUUAAGUAAUGAAGGAUACUAACAGCGCGUACCUGUAUCAUCAGUAAAAUACAAAAUGUAUGCUAAUAUCAAGCUACGGAUUACAAUUAUAUCAUGUAUGGCGACACUUAUUAACAAAAAUUAUUGAUUUGACGUUCUAAUAUAAACUACUGGUGAUAUACGUGUAUAAAUAUAUUAAUCAGAAACUUUUAUAUUGUAUUGAAAUUGCUGUUAAUGUUUUUUUUUCAAUGGUUGAACUCUUGACUUAUCAUAAAAAUCACUUUGAACAUAUCUGAAAGUCCUACGUAUUGUUGUUUUCUCUAUUGAAUGUAAAUAACGUAUACUAGCUAUUACCACAAACAAAUUUUUCUACCUUCCGCAUAAAAGAGUUACACUACCAGAAUUUGUAAUGUUUGGUUCUAAUUUUAUAAAACCGGAAAUUAUAAUGUAAACAUGCUUCAUCGGUAAUUGUUCCGGGAAAAUUACAAGCGAGUCCAAAUAUAAGCGUUUAAGAAAGGAGUUUGAAGGGGAAAAAAGAAGCAGCAAGUUAUCAAUAUAUCAAUAUAUUCAACUACGAAAAUUGAAAAAAAUAAUUAUUUUUGUUCGGACAGUGUUCAUGCAGACUUUAGAGGAUACAACUCUUUCCUGACCUGGCUCAAUAAAAAUCUUUUUUUUCUCUCGUUUUAUUAGUGUCGAAAGGAUACACGAUUCCUUGUUUCUUCAAAAAUAAUACUACUGUCAAGACUCCGUAAAAAUAUCAACAUAUUUCUGGAUUUUUUGUAAACUUAUUACACAAGUUUUAUCCUUUUUUAAAAUAAAUUGAUUAAUAUAUUAUUUGACUGCCAAUGAGAAAAAAUUUGUUUGCCUACAAUAAAAUCUUUGACACAGGAGAAUGAUCUGUAUAACUUUAUAACUACAAAUUUAUUUCUUCAUUAAGAUGGAAGUAAUAAAUUUAAAGCUUGAUAAUUCUUGAACUAAAAAUAUACAUCUUCCAACUCUC